AUGACACACCGAUGGCGAUGUCUCUGCGGCAAGCAAUUCGAUGCACAGCAGCGCCGUUGCCCGCCGGCCGGCAGCUUGAUGGCACUGCUGCGGCUAACCGGUAUGCGGGGUCCGGCAAAGGAAACCAAGAUCGAUCUUCAGUAUGGUUCGACGGAUUCAGCAGCGGCAACAGUUCAAAAUGUGAUAGCCAAACGGGAUUACAGUGUGAAUAGUGUCAACAGUCAUGUGAUCAAAAGUGUGAGUGCAAAAUCAGCUGCCUACCCGACCAGAUUCGACAAAUCGUACUACGACUACCAGAAUGGGCAGCUCUCGGUUACCGGGACUCCGAAGCCACCCACAACCGAGCUGGACGAUGUGCUGAUUAGUGUUAAAACGACAAAGGGCUACCACGACACUCGACUGGAAAUGAUCAUCAAAACGUGGUACCAGCUGGCAAAAGAACAGACGUGGUUCUUCACCGACACCGACGAUCAGCACUAUCAAAAGUUGACGAAUGGUCACAUGGUCAACACCAACUGCUCGCAAGGACACUUUCGUAAGGCGCUCUGCUGCAAGAUGGGAAAAGAGUUCGAGUUUUUUCUGGACAGUGCUAAAAGAUGGUGGUGCCACUUUGACGACGACAACUACGUGAACGUGCCGCGGCUCGUACGGCUUCUGGACGAGUACAGUCCAACGCAGGACUGGUACCUGGGGAAACCCAGCAUCUCCUCGCCGUUGGAGAUUUUUCUAGAUAAUACCAAAACAUCGUCGGGGACAAACAAGAAGGUGACCUUCUGGUUCGCGACCGGCGGAGCCGGAUUCUGCAUCAGUCGAGCAUUGGCACUGAAAAUGUUGCCCAUCGCUAGCAGCGGCAAGUUCGUGGCCAUAGGCGAUAAGAUUCGCUUUCCCGAUGACGUCACCAUGGGUUUCAUCAUCGAGCACAUUCUUAAUGUUCCUUUAACCGUGGUGGAUGCAUUCCACUCGCACCUGGAGCCGAUGGAGUUCAUACGCCCGGAAACGUUCCACGAUCAGGUUUCCUUCAGCUACGCCCGCAUGAAGAACGAGUGGAACGUAGUCAAGGUGGACGGUUUCGAUCUGAAAACCGACCCGAAGCGAAUCUACUCGCUGCACUGCUAUCUCUAUCCGUUCUUCAGUAUAUGUCCGAAAACGACCAAACGAAGAUGA